AAGUUGCCUUCAAUUGUCUGACCGCACGUCAUGGAAAGAGUUACUUUGUUGCCGCUCGCAAAGGAAUAAACUCCAAGAAAUAGCAGCGGCUCGUGGCGUGUGCUGAUACUUAGUGGGUGCGGAUUGUUUUUGGCCGUUUUCUGCUUUUGCUGAAAAAGGAUCGACUGAAGAUGCGCAGGAACCUGUUUACAAAGGAACACGCAGCAAGUUUCAGUGUGAGGGAAUGCGGCGUUUAAAAAUGCACAGGGAUACCAUUACUCAUCCAUCUGUUUUUCCUUCACACCGGGCCACUUUAUCCUGGAAGUAGUCCCAUCACGGAUGGUUUUAAAGCUCGGUAAUGAGACACAAUUGUACAAUAAGUUAACAGCGAGGCUGAAGCCCACUUUGAGAGGAUUUUAAAACGACCGUCGGCGCUUUUGGAGGAGCUCUUCGGUGAAAACACUUUUGGUUUUGAACCUGUUGUGUUUGUGAUGAGAAAGGAGACACGGGGUCCUUCUGUAUUGAGAGGCCUAUUGUGUUACAGAUCUUUUGUAGGUUAAAGUUCUUGUUAGACCUGCUAGUAUAAUGCAAUAAUAGAUCAACAGCCUCAAUGGGCUGAGUAUACUAAUUGUUACCCUAGGCCUGUUUCAGACUUUUUAUUUUUGGCAGAUAGAAGUAAUAGUUUUAUGUAACUUUUGACAAGCUCUGUGUUUAUCUAGUGUCAGAUCAUUAAAUUUACAUAGGUCAUAUUGUGCUGUGGCACACACGAUCGAACAGCUGCGAUGCCAUUUGAUAUGAGUUUAAAUAUUACAGUGAGCUAGUGUCAAAUGUUUCCAAUGUGGCAUGCACCGAGACAGCAGCAUCGAUAUAAUCUAAGCACUAUGUGCAUGUAGAAUUCUCUGGUUUCGCAGCCACGGGAGUAAUCAAAGAUGUCAGUGAAAGCCAAAGCCCUCUAUACUUUUUUAAGCGAAAACAAUGGGGAGAUUAGCAUCCAGGAGAAUGAGGAACUGAUUAUCUUUGACGAGAACUCAGUGGACGGCUGGUUUCAGGGGGAGAACAGCCGAGGAGAGAGGGGUAUCUUCCCUGCAUCUUAUGUGGAAAUUAUACGCAGUCGCUCCAACUCUAAUGUUACCGACUGCUCCAUAAGCCCAGCGGGCUCUUUAGGAAAGGACUUCUCCACUCCAAACACCUCGCUCCAUUAUCCACAGAAUGAUUAUGAUGAUGACGAUUAUGACGACUGGGAUGACUGGGAUGACAGGUCCACUGUUGUGGAUGAUGCUGAUCACACCAGGAAUCCUGGAGCCAAUGGACAUGCCCCUGAGAACCCGAUGACCAACAAUCCCAAUGUGCACUAUCGACCCAAGCUGGCAUCCAGACAAGAUAGCAUCACCAGUUCUAGGAAGGGCAGUAUGGUGGGCAGGAACUUGAACAGAUUUUCCAGCUUUGUCCGCUCAGGGGUAGAGGCAUUUGUGUUGGGUGAUGUCCCAAUGAUGGCAAAGAUAGCUGAGACUUACUCCAUUGACAUGGGUCCCCUAGGGCCCCGGUGGAAGGAGAAUCCAAAGCCUUUCUCCUGCUCCAUUGAGGAUCCCACCAAACAGACAAAGUUCAAGGGCAUCAAGACCUACAUUUCGUACCGGGUGACACCAAGUCAUACAGGGCGUCCCGUCUACAGACGUUACAAACACUUUGACUGGCUGUACAACCGCCUGCUUCACAAGUUCACUGUGAUCUCUGUGCCUCACCUGCCUGAGAAGCAGGCCACGGGGCGAUUCGAGGAAGACUUCAUUGAGAAGCGCAAGAGGCGACUGAUACUGUGGAUGAACCACAUGACCAGUCACCCAGUCCUUUCCCAAUAUGAAGGCUUUGAGCACUUUCUCAUGUGUGCUGAUGACAAGCAGUGGAAAUUGGGCAAGAGAAGGGCGGAGAAGGACGAGAUGGUGGGCGCGCAUUUCAUGCUAACCCUUCAAAUCCCCAAAGAGCACCAGGACCUUCAGGACGUCGAGGAACGAGUCGACAACUUCAAGGCCUUUGCCAGGAAGAUGGACGACAGCGUUAUGCAGCUGACACACGUCGCCUCAGAGCUGGUGCGCAAACACCUGGGUGGAUUCAGGAAAGAGUUCCAGCGUCUUGGAAAUGCCUUCCAGUCUAUCAGCCACGCAUUCACGUUGGACCCUCCCUAUAGGUCAGAUGGACUCAACAAUGCCAUCUCCCAUACUGGCCGCACCUAUGAGAACAUUGGAGAGUUGUUUGCAGAGCAACCUAAGUAUGACCUCUUCCACAUGCUGGAUAAGUUGUCGCUCUAUCAAGGCCUGCUCGCCAACUUCCCCGACAUCAUUCAUCUACAGAAAGGUGCCUUUGCCAAGGUGAAGGAGAGCCAGCGGAUGAGUGAUGAAGGGAAAAUGGACCAGGAUGAGGCUGACGGCAUUAGGAAACGCUGCCGGACUGUGGGCUUUGCCCUCCAAGCGGAAAUGAGCCACUUCCAUCAGCGACGAGAGGUGGACUUCAAAGACAUGAUGCAGGCCUACCUCAGGGAGCAGAUAGCCUUUUACCAGCGUGUUGUCCAGCAACUGGAGCGCACCCUGCGCAUGUACGACUGUCUGUAAAGACACCGGACUGCUUUCUGGGUCAGGAUGUCAAGAGAGAAAAGGGAAUGCGCACACACAGAGUGGAAAAAGGAAAGGGAGAUUCAAGUCUUGACUCUUUCAUCAAUGGUUCAGUUAAAAAAAACAAAACAAAACAUUUGCAGAUGAAUGAAGCGUGGGUUUACUGGAAAGACAUGCAAAGCCAGUCACUCUUUCACUUUGAUAGAUUCAAAGUUUAUGUUUUAUUAUUAUUUUUUGUGUGUUUUCUUUUUAAGACCUACUGUAUCUUUUAUUUCUGAAAUACACAGCACACAGCAUAUUGUUUAUUUGACAUAAUUUAAGGUGUUGGUUACAUUAAAGUAAGAGUAUAGGUUUCAUAUUCAUAGUGGAUCUAUAGUAGAAACGGGUUCUGUUUUUAAAGUCGUCCCUUUUCUCUUGAGUGUUGUGUAGCGUGGCCUCCACCGGUGAUUGAUUGAAGUCACAUCCAGUGUAAAAUGUUUAAACUUUUAGCUGAACUUUCAACAACUUUCAUUAAACUAUCCAGAAUGUCCUCAUCAGUACUUCCUGGCCAAAGAAGUGCACUGUACGCUCAAGAGGAAUUAGCCCUGUCGAUUGCUCGCGUGGCUCAGGCGUUUCAUACUUCACGUUAGUUACUUUAACGAAAAAGACAAAUGGCUGUCUAAACUUUGCACCAUGUGAAAAAUGUACUGAUAACGUGUAAUUUUGUGAGUCCUUUUUUUGUUUUCUCCGUGACGUUUGUGCCUUCAAGGGGGACCGUUGUCUGUCGUCUGCAGUGUGGCUUGUGUUUUACGGGGCGAAUUGUUGGAAUGAGCUCAGUUACGAGAUGAGUUUGCACAUGUUCCUUUUUUUUAUUAUACUGUUAGGUCAUCCUGGGUGUGUAUGUGUUGUGUGGGUUAAGGAAUGUAACGCUGUGCAGAUCAAUUCCCUUGUCCUUGAUGGACAAAACAAUGUUUCUUUAUAUGUAGCAGCAGGUGUAUCUGUAAGUUUCAUAUGAAAAGUGUUCAGGUAGUUUAAGUGGAGCAACUUGUAAUCAUAUAGUUAAAACGAGACCACAUUCCUCCCGUGUAUUACCCGAGUUUUGUGUUCAUAUUAAGCAUUUUACAACACUGAAUGCUCACAAAAUAAUACUUAGUCUCUUUCCUAAAGCCAUAGCAAAGAAAUGCAUUAAUUCACUUCCUUGGCAUUAGUUGGAUGAGGAGAUUAUUAGCACACUGGGCCUUACUGCACUCCCUCAGUUAAGAAAUAUGCAGUUUUAGCUUCUAAGCAAACUUCCAGCUGAUUGGCUGUCCCUAAUAAACAAGAUUUUACCAGCAAGUGGGCGGGGCUUCUACACUCAUAGACGAUUAGUAGUGUGAUACUUUUUUGGUGUCAAUCAAAAUACAGGGCCAAUAUAUUUCCGAUACCAAAUACCUUUAACCCAUAAAGGCAUGAAUUUGCAAAUUUUGAAUACAUUUUAAUUACCACUACCACUACUCUGAUUACUGUGAUUGUAACUACUUUCCACAGUAAUUACUUGAUACAACAAAACACAUCCCUCAUCCUUUCAUGUAUUUUGAAACUUUUUUUUUGAGACCUGAAAUGUUAAUGUUCCUGUCUCUAAAGCGCUUUCGGGUCAACAUCUGUUGUUUAAAUGUGCUUUAGGCUAUAAAUAAAAUAAUCGGGAGCCUGGUAGCCUGGUUUUGUCCCAUUGAUGAUUAAAAUGGAUGUAUACAUUCCCAUAAAUUAAAACUGUUGAAAAACUGAUGUGGAAACAUUCUAGUUACUGAUUUUAUUAGUUGUUUUGUUGUUACCUCUUGAACAGGUAGCCCAUCAAAUUGCCUCCUGUAAAACCAACUUGUCCUUAACCCUUGUUUUUGUACUUAUUAAGCAAACCAGAUGCAAUGUGCUGAAUAUAGAUUAUUGCAGUGCUGGCAGAUUUUCUUUUCUUUAGUAAUAGCUAGGCUAGCUGUUUUCCUUCUUUUCCAGUCUUUGUGCUAAGCUAAACCAGGUGCCAGCUAGAGCUUCUCACGUAACUGACUUGACCAGAGAGUGGAACUGAUCCUCUCAUUCGACCUACAAAUCAAAUACGUGUUUCUUAUUUUCCCAACAUAAAACCGUUACUUCAACAGCAAGUGGCUGUGAGGGCUAGAGGUCCACUUACUCAUCUGGUUUAACAAGAGAACAUUUUCAUGGCAACUUGCGGUUUAGACGAGACUAUCUUUAGCAUUACCUUGAGGGAAUGUUUUCUGACUCUGCUUUGGGAUUGAACAGGGGUCGAUCUAGCGGUGGUGUGUUUGGGUGACAAGUGGAAUGAAUUCAUUUUUCGUGAAAAUCUGCUGCAAAUUUCAGUCUUUUAGAAUCUUAUGAGUGUCCUGUAACAAAAACAAAAAAACAUGCUGACUCGGCAUGCAGGUUUCCCGGCAAACGAAUGCUCUGGUGUGUGUGUGUGUGUGUCUGUGUGUGUGUGUGUGUGACUCAGAUACCGGUACUUUUCAGUCCACAACUGCAGCCUUCGACUGCCUGUUGUUGUCUAAUUUUGAACAAAUUUUUGCGUUUCAUACGUAAAUUGUAUUUUCUUUUCUUUAUUAUUAUUUUUUUUUAAAUUUCUGUCAGAAUCUACACUCAUGACAGACCAAAGAUGUGUUAGAUUUUUCUACUGGGGCACUCGGUUUUGUUGUGAAAUGAUAAAUGCUCUCUGGUUUUCUUAUUCAGUCUGUUUCAAAUAUUUGGAAAGACCAAAAAAAAAAAAAACAAAGCAAAAGAGAAACAUUCCACAAAGAAAUGAUCGUGGACACCAAAAGGUUGGUGCAGGAUUUGGGGAAUACAAAGACAUGUAAGGCAAAAAAAAAAGAAGACCUCUUUAUGUUCCAAAGCUGCACGAUAAGUUAAGUGAAAGACAUUUCGCACAGAUGACUGUUUCUUAAUACGGAUGUUUGACUUUGUGAGUUGUAGGAGCUCUGUGCUUUAGCUUCUUCCUCUGAAAUACCAGAUGGUGAUUUUUCAGUAAGGAAUGUGUCACUUGAUUAAGGGGAAGAGGACGUAUAAAUCUUAAUAAAAAGUCAUGAUGGUAA